AUGAGCCGGCAGUGCUUUGAACACAGUGAACACUUGAAAAGCUGCAUUAGCUAUCUGCAAGCCCGAACACCGGCCGCGGGGCAGCCUUACAGGAAGCCAUGUGUGGCCGCGCCCGCCUGCCUCUCUUCCCCGCUGGAGCUGGGCCGUGCCCCGAGUGCCACCGAGCAGGCACCCUCUCUGCACAGGCCGUCAGAAGACGGCCGCCCGACUGCCCAGCCGUGUACCCGGGCGCGGCUGCCGGAAACGCGGGAGCAGUCUCUCCACAGGAGAGAGGGGCGGCAGAGGGGCGCCCCCCGGGAUGUGUUUACCCUGACCGACGGCUCUCAGCAGCGAGAGCUGAGGCUUCUCCUCAUCAUCUCUUGCCUACUUCCGCGGCUGCAACGCACAGGCGCCCUGAGGGACGCGCGUCCAAGCCAGGAAACACACAACCUCCCGGAGCGGCGUAAGCAACAGGCCCUACCCACGGGGUCCGCGCUUCGGUUGCCUCCUCCGCCCACGAGGGGUGUGCGCACAAGUGUGUGCGCAGCUCACCCAUUUAGCAAACACUUGGUUUUCCCCAAGGUUUUCAGAGUUCAGAGAAAGGGAGGGGGUGGGGCAUAA